CGAUUUAUGGCAACAGACAAGAAGCGAAACUUCAGGCGAUAGAAAUGGAAGAAAUAAUGCAUCUCAUACAGUAAACAGCAGUAACAAUUUGAAGCCGCAGACAACUGUAAACAAUCAUGUCCACAUUAGAACCACAGACCCAGGAACUUUCCAGCAAUAAAAAGCUCAAGGAAAACAACAGUGAAAAGCAAGAUGCACCUGCUUCUGAUGAAUAUGAAUCAACAAAGAAUAACUCUUCAACUAAUGAUGAAGUGGCAAUAGAAGGAAAUGAAUAUGAAAAGAGUGGGAUUAAUGAGGAAGACCAGAGUUCCAGUAUACCCAUUUCCAAGAAUAUUAGCUCAAAUGAAGAUAAUGAGGAGACUGUUAAUAAGCCUGUUCUUAAUGGUGGUUGUGGGGAUGAGGAAACAUCACAGGUAGCCAAGGAAGAGGAUUUAAUGUAUCCAAAGGAGGUGUCAGUCAAGCAAAAUGGUGCUACAGAAGAUGGUGGUGGUGAUGCCACUAAAACAGAAACAGAAGAAGAGGGUGAAGAAAGAAAAGAAGAACAUGAUGGAUGGAUGGAUAUACUUGGCAAUGGAUUGCUUAAGAAAAAGGUCCUGAAAAAAGGAGAUGGUUUGUCUUCUCGCCCCCAGAGAGGUCAGAGGCCAGUCAUCUCAUUUAGUGCCCACACAGAGGAUGGCACAGUGGUGGACUCAGAGACCCAGCUUAUGAUCACACUGGGAGACUGUGAUGUUGUACAAGCAAUGGAUUUGGCACUUUCUUUAAUGGAAAGGGGAGAGGUGGCAGAAAUAGUCACAGAUGCCAGAUUUGCAUAUGGUUCCAUGGGAAGAGAUCCAGACAUUCCACCAAAUGCACAAUUAACCUAUGAAGUAGAACUGGUUAGAAUAGAAGAACCAUUAGACUUUGAAAAAUUGUCAAUGUCAGAAAGAUUAGAGCAUGGAGAGUUUAAGAAAGACAAAGGGAACUAUUGGUACUCCAGACAAGAUUAUUCAAGUGCAAUCAAUGUUUAUACAAAGGCGCUAAAGAUAUUAGACAACAGUCAUAAUGUUGGGGAAGGAGAGAAUAGUAUGAGACAGAAGAUUCUGGACAUGAGGUUGAAGGUGUAUAAUAACCUGGCUGCUUGCCAACUCAAGGUUGAAGCCUAUGAUGCUGUUCUCAAGUCUUGUAAUGCAGUGCUCAAACAGCAGCCAAACAAUGUCAAGGCUCUGUUUAGAAAAGGCAAGGCAUUUGAAGGCAACCGCCAAUUAGGUAAUGCUAUCACAUCUUUGAGGAGGGCUUUACAGCUAGAACCCGAGUCAAAACUUAUUCACCAAGAGCUGAAAAAAUUAGUCGAGAGGAAGAAAGCAGAUGAUAACAAAGAACAACAAAUGUACCGAAAGAUGUUUGGUCUGAAAGAGGAUAGAAAUGGAAAAAAGAAAGAGUCAUGGGUAUCUAAAAAUCUUUUGAUAACUGGGGGAGCAGUCUUGGCAGCAGCAGUGACAGUUGGUAUAGCAGUGGCAGUUAAAUCACUUAAUAACUAAUAGAUUUUGAAAUGUCUAAUACUUGAUUUUGCUCUGAUCAGAUAUUAGGACAAGUCGACUUAUUCUUAAACCUUCAAGUGCAUGAACUGUCGGUCCUGAUCUAUGAUACAUGUAGAAUAAUAAAAAUUGGAAAUUUGCUGUUUGAAACAUAAAUGCAAUCAGUCUAUUGCUCACUUAAUAAGGAGUAAAGGAUAUUGUAAUUGGUUUACGUAAAAUUACUGACACUGAUAAAGGAUAUUCCUGAUAAGCUUACUUAUUUAAAUAUAAUAUUUGUAUUUGACAUUGAAAGCCAAAUGCUAUUCAAAAUUGGACUACUUGCAUGUGCAUCUACAUUUAUAUGACAAAUUAAAUAAUUCUGUGCUCGAUGAACAGUGUGAAUACAUGUAAAAACCAAUUAGUUACUGAAAAGUAUGGAGACCAAAUGUAACUUAUUCAGAUAUGAUUGUUAACAUAAUUAUGUGGUUUAUGUUUAGGAUCUUUUUAUUGUCCAGUUUUGUGUAAUAGCAUGAGAUUUGUAUAGAUUGUUAAAAAAACAUACUUGUUUCUUUAUAUUAUCUGAAUAUCACUUAUAAUGCAGUUGUUUAGUACAGUUAUUAGUAAGUAGAUGUAUUUACUUUUUUUUUACAUUUGGGUAAAAUCAUAGAAAAAACUGAUUGCAAUUUGAAUUACUUUUCACUAAGCACAAGAACAGAUGAAGCAGAAACAAAAAACUCAAUAUAUUUGUUAUUUGUUGUUCAUGUGAAAAGGAAUUUAAAGAAUUUUAUAAUAAAUUAUUAA